GAGCCGGGUGAAAGGUCGUUGCUAAGAUGAAGAUGGCGGGCAGGCGGGGUGCCUGAGGUUGCGGGUGCUCUUGAGUUGCGUUGGUUUUUUAAUUUCGGCGGCGGAGGGAGGGAGAAGAGCGGCGCCAAGAUGGGUCGGAGAUCGACCAGUUCCACCAAGAGCGGGAAGUUCAUGAACCCGACGGACCAGGCCCGAAAAGAGGCCAGGAAACGGGAAUUGAAAAAGAACAAGAAGCAGCGAAUGAUGGUGCGGGCAGCUGUGCUCAAGAUGAAGGACCCCAAACAAAUAAUCAAAGACAUGGAGAAACUGGAUGAAAUGGAGUUCAAUCCUGUUCAACAACCCCAGCUUAAUGAGAAAGUAUUGAAAGAUAAACGGAAAAAACUCCGAGAGACAUUUGAGAGAAUCCUGCGUCUGUAUGAGAAGGAAAAUACUGAUUUUUAUAAGGAGCUGCGGAAGCUUGAGACCGAAUAUGAACAAAAACGAUCCCAACUCUGCCAGUUCUUUGAUGCUGUCAAGAAUGCCCAACAUGUGGAGGUGGAAAGUAUUCCGCUACCGGAUAUGCCUCAUGCGCCAUCAAACAUCAUGAUUCAGGACAUACCCCUUCCUGGAACUCAGCCACCAUCCAUAUUGAAGAAAACAUCAGCUUAUGGACCACCCUCCAAACCCGUUACACUCAUGCCCCUUCCUUCAUAUGGGGUUCCACGAUUGCCACCUGGGAAGAAACCACCCGGUCCUCCCCCAGGUCCUCCUCCACCACAGGUGUUAGCACUUUAUGCCCGAAGAAUGGGCCCUCCUCCAGGUUUGCCUCUGAAGGGAAAGGAUGAAGAUAAUGUCUAUGAUCCUGAAACCGCGAUUCAGGAUAUGCAAGAGGAUGACGAGGAGGAAGACAGUGGGGAUGAUGAUUACAACGAUGGUAUGGAGCAGGAUCAAGAUGGCGAUCGAGAAGAUCAGGACGAAGACAGUGAUGAUUCAAAAGAUAAAGACAGUGAUGAUGAUGAUGAUUUUCGGCAUCGAGAUGAAGAUGAUGACAGGCUGGAUGAUGAUAAGCCAGGGCGCAUUGUGCGGUUUGCAGAUGUGCAGGACAAACACAAGAAGAAAAAGAAAAACCUGAAGGAACUGACUCCUCUGCAGGCAAUGAUGCUUCGGAUGGCAGGACAAGACUUCCCAGAGGAUGAAGAGGAAGAGGAGGAGGAGCCCAGUACGGAGGGGGGCACUGAAGAAGAGAAGAUGGAUACGGAGGAGCAAAAUCAUGAAAAACGACAGCUGGAGGAAACCCAGCCAGAGGGACCGCAGGUACCACCACCAACUCAGAUGCCUCCCAGAGCACCGAUGCAAGCUCCACCAAUGCCUGGGCCUCCUCCACUUGGACCUCCGCCUGCACCUCCGCUGAGACCCCCAGGGCCACCAUCUGGUCUACCACCAGGACCACCCCCAGGGGCACCUCCAUUCAUACGACCACCAGGGUUGCCUGGAAUCAGAGGACCGAUUCCACGGCUGCUUCCUCCUGGACCACCACCUGGGCGACCUCCAGGCCCACCACCAGGACCCCCACCAGGCCUUCCUCCGGGCCCACCACCUCGGGGUCCCCCUCCAAGAUUGCCACCACCUGCACCCCCAGGUAUCCCACCUCCUCGACCAGGUAUGAUACGCCCACCGUUGGCUCCUCCACUUGGACCUGCACCACCGGGAUUGUUCCCGCCAGCCCCUGUGCCGAACCCUGGUGUCCUCAGUGCUCCUCCAAGUCUCAUCCAGCGACCGAAAAUGGAUGAGAAUGUGACCACCAUCGAGAAGAAAGCAAUCGCCACGAUCAGUGCGAAGCCCCAAAUCACCAAUCCAAAGGCAGAGAUCACCCGCUUUGUGCCCACUGCCUUGCGAGUCAAGCGGGAAAGCAAGAGUCAGGUGCCACUGAAGAAAGGAGAGGAAGAGAUUGUUGCCCCAACAAAGCCAAUACCAAAAGCUGCACCUGCUGUCUCAAUCCAAACAAAGGAUGAUAUAUAUGAGUCUUUCAUGAAAGAAAUGGAAGGUCUUUUAUAACUAACUCAGACUUGGCCCCUCCUUGUCCUAGACUACCAUCCUCUCAGCAGUUUUCUUUAUGUGUAUAUUCAUCCCAAGUUUGCUUUUUCUUAAAACACAUUACUGUAAUAUGAAUGUUUAUGUGGUACACUGAUUUAACAAUGGUUUUAUAUAUAUGUAUGUAACUCAGCCCUGUAACCUGUACGGUUAGGAAUUUUGCAGCUGAGAACAGACCCUUACUCAAGAGCUUUCAAACACUGUGGCUGAAGAUCAGACUUGCUGCCUGCUUACAAGCCUCUAAUGGCAGUUUAAAAAAAAGGGUUCCAGUAAAAUGUUGUAUCACAUGUAGAGUUAAACAUUUGUGGUGGUAGUUUGUUAGAAUAAACAUUAUUAUCAAAACCAGAUUUAAAAGACGGCUGCUUCAAGGGUAAGGGAUGUCAGGAAUGACUUGUAGAGACGUUUCGCAGCAAAUGCUGGGAAAAAUAUCAUUUUCAUUUGUGCAUAACUUAAACCCAGGAGUCCCCAAUGGUAGGUGUUUUAUCCUUUAGCACUAACAAUUUGAGAAAACAGUGAAUAAAAAGAAGUUUGGAGCAAAUCAGGUAUCAGUGGUCAUGCAUUAGCAGUCAUGAAUCCCUCCAGGACAAUACCUUAGCUCAACUAAAUUGCUUUGAGUUGCUACAGUUAUUAAACUGGCGGGCAAGGUGAGAGGGGACAUUCUCCUAUGGUUGUUUCCUGAAACUAUUAACUAGAAAUCUUACCUAUUUUGUGUCGUGUGUGUGUGUAUAUAACCUUCAGUAGUAUCUCUGCCCCGUCUUCCUCGAAGUGAAUGCUUACUCUCUUCCUAUUUUCAUAUUGUAUGCUAAUAAUUUUGGUACUGUAUCAGUACUGGUGUAUACAGAGACAGAAGUUGGACUGGACUGGUAAUAAGAGCUCCCACUAAUCACUCUUGUUGCAUUAUAAUAAGAAUUCUCAGAAUACCAUUAAGAUUUUCUUGGAAAUUGAUUGGGGGGGGACAAAAAUAACCUGGUAAUUCAUCUUUUGCCGGGAUGCAAUGUGACAUUAAAAAUCUUGUGUUUAAUUUUAUUAAAAGCUUUUCUAUGGAAAAGGACAACAAUUUUUUGACAUUCUGGAAAUGAGAACUUUGAAAACAGUGUCCCAGAUUUAAUUUUUAUUGGCAUAUUUGUUACAAUUACUCUAGAGCUCAUUGACCCCUAUGUACAAAACCUUUUUUUCUCAUGGUUUCACAUCCUGCAUUGCAUACAUUUAGGGCAUGGAUCGUUAAAGGCAUCCCAGUACUUGUCUGUUGUCAUCAUCUGCAUUCUAGGAGAAAUUACUGAAUGUUCAUGAAUGAGCAAUGCUAUUCUUGUGUGCCACUGCUAAUUUAUCAUAAAAGUGCUGUAAUGGUGGACCUAUAGCCACCAAUAUUUCAGCCUUCAGUGAGAGAUUUCAAAACAUUCGGCAUAAAGCAGGUAGCAUCUGCAACUGUUGUAUAAAAAUUUUGUAAGUUUCCUAUUUACACAUUAUGGAAACGGGUGGCUAGUCCAAUUCAAUCCAAUAUUCCAAGGACCUAAUCAGAAAAGCACUGCAAUUUUAAAAAUGUUCAUUGAGGUGAAUUAUGGUUGUAUUGUUUGAUCCUUUUGCUUUGUUUGUGUUCUACAGGAUUGAAGUAAAUAGAAUUGGUUCAA